CCUUUUCAGUUUCGGAGGUGGGCGAGGAGUUGGUCGCAGAAAGGUGGCAAGAUGUCGAAACGAGGUCGUGGAGGUUCCUCCGGGAACAAGUUCCGUAUGUCAUUGGGUCUUCCUGUUGGUGCUGUUGUAAAUUGUGCCGACAACACCGGAGCCAAGAAUCUCUAUGUCAUCUCCGUGAAGGGAGUGAAGGGUCGCCUUAACAGGCUCCCCGCCGCUGCCGUGGGUGACAUGGUUAUGGCAACUGUGAAGAAGGGUAAGCCAGACCUGAGAAAGAAGGUCAUGCCUGCUGUAAUUGUUCGCCAGCGCAAGCCGUGGCGCCGCAAAGACGGAGUCUUCAUGUACUUCGAAGACAACGCUGGAGUCAUUGUCAACCCUAAGGGAGAAAUGAAAGGAUCUGCUAUCACUGGACCUAUUGGAAAGGAAUGCGCAGACUUGUGGCCCAGGAUUGCCAGUGCCGCCAACGCAAUAGUAUAGAAAAUUAUAGGUGGGAAGAGAAUUUAUCUCACUACCCUUGAUCUAGGGGUAGUGCAAUUGGAAGCAGGGCUACCCCCGGUACUCGGCUUUCCGAAGUCGGGGCAUUCAAUUGGAAGUGGGAUCAUUCGUACCGUAGCUUAGGUUUACAUCCGAUACUGUAUUGGAGCUUCAAUUUUGUACAUCGAGUUUUCUAAGACGGUGCGGGUUGUGAAUCUACUGGUGAAUGGUACCGAAAGGUCUGAAUGGGCUUUUCAAUUUUCAAGUUGUGCGUAAGAACGAAAGUGACCUCAGGGUUUUCAGGGUUCUCAUGAGAGAGGAAGGAUCUUUGUUAGUCUGAAAGGUAUGAUUUGAUAAAAUACGGUAGACAGCGAAGGUCAUGAGGAGCUACUGCCUUGAGUAUUGACCCAC